AUGGCUCUCGCCACGAAAGGUUUUGCGCAUUCAUUACCCGCCUCAGGCGGCACUACCGUUCGCAAUAGUCUUUCGCCAUGGGUACACCUUGCAGCUGGCGCAAGCGGCGGACUUGUGAAUUCCAUCGCAACAUCUCCUCUUGAUGUUUUGAGGACUCACAUGCAGUCCGAUACAUAUGAAACAGCUACCCGAGACAAAAUCUCGAAUAUUCAACGGCUACGCCAUGUCCACCCUAUCCGCGAGACAAUCGACGCCCUUGGCACAAUACAUAGAACCGAGGGCAUUCGCGGCUUGUGUCGCGGUCUCGUCCCUAGUUUGAUUGGUGUAGUCCCAGCCCAGGCAAUCAAAUUUUAUGUGUAUGGGAACUGUAAGAGGCUGGGUGCUCAGUAUCUAGGCCUCGAGGAAGCCGAGCCACUGGUGCAUGCGCAGGCUGCUGUUGCUGCUGGCCUCGCAACAGCCACUGCUACGAAUCCAAUCUGGCUGGUUAAGACAAGACUGCAGCUUUUUAAUGAUCAAGCUUGUGACGGUGCUUCCUCAAAACGUUCUAGAAGCACUCUUGAUUGCGUACUACAGAUCUUCAAGACUGAAGGAGUGUCAGGCUUCUACCGAGGACUCAGUGCAAGUUACCUAGGUACUUUGGAGACAGUCGUACAUCUUGUCCUGUACGAGCGACUCAAAACGCUGUUUCAAGCCCAAAGCUAUUAUUCUCCACCAUCGUCAGCCCAUCGUAGUGAGCUCAGGAACUGGGCAAGCACCGCUGGGGCAGCUGGCUGCGCCAAGGUGGCAGCAGUUCUCAUCACAUACCCUCACGAGGUACAGUGGGUUGCCAAAAGUUCCGUACACUCCACCAUAGAGCCCAUAUACUCAAUUUUUACGUAA